ACAUUUUCCCUCCAACAAUAAUGAAGUCUCUGAGCAGCAGCUCAGUAACAAAUAGUGUUUGUUGUUAUUGUGAGAACAGAGGAAGUGAAGUGGAGCCAUGAUACAGUGAGCUGUUGAGAUGUAAUGAUUGACAGAGAAAUGCUCAGGGAAGAACAGAGAACUAUGUGCUUUUCUUCCAUGAAGUGAAGAACAAAUCACAGUGAGUCUGUGCUGAGCUCACCAACAGGACCUCAGCACCUGUAUCACUUCCUGUAUGGGAACCAUGCCACUGAUCACUGCACUAAUACAACAUGAACACUACCUAGUUACUGAUAAACCCAAGGCCACACUGAGAGCAGACACAACAACCAUACCAGCAGGGGGCAGUGUGUCACUGACCUGGUCUGUGGACGGCUCUGAUGACUGGAAAUACUACGGGUUCAGACGUGACUCACACUCUGCAGCUGAUCCAGUAAGAGAUGUUAGAGGAGUUAUGGUUGUCACAGAGGGAGGUUUCUACCGCUGCAGAGGAGGGAGAGGAGAUCCAGAGUUCUUCACUCAGAACAGUGAGGAAGUCUUCAUUCAGAAAACUGGAAGUGAAGCCACAGCCACUCUGACAGCAGACAGGACAGUUCUAGCAGCAGGGGGCAGAGUGACACUGACCUGCUCUGUGGAUCGUUCUUACAGCUGGAAAUACGUCUGGUUCAGACGAACCUCUGUCUCUUCUGAAGCUCAGACUGUAGGAGACACAGACCAACCAAACACAGUCAUAACACAAGGAGGCGUCUACACAUGCAGAGGAAGGAGAGGACAACCAGAGUUCUUCACACAAGAAAGCAGUAAAGUCACCAUUAAGGAAACUGGUGAGUUUAGUCAUUUGUUCUGGAAUAAAACAACAUUUAUUCUUUAAAUCUCUUCCUCUGUUUAUCAGCAGUGUAAGAAAGAGACGUUUUGAUACCAACAGCAAAUAGAAGCAAAACAAUGAUUAUAUGUCAGUAGCUCCUGAAGCUCUGAUGAAGGAGAAAACACAACGUUCAUCCCUCUUCAUGUUGUGCACAGAGUCAAGACGAGACUGGAAGGUGCUUCUUGUCUCAGAGUCAUUUCUAUCAUCUAGAAGAGUUUGUCUGCUUGUUCCAGUGUUUGUAAACUUGUUGUCAUCCUUCAGUCCACCACAUGUUUUACACAGUAAAACAAUCAUAUGAAGUUGCUCAGUUUGUUCAUCUUCAUCUCCACCUUGUCCAAAUAAAUCCUCAUUAAUCCUUGACAUGUACAGUAAGUACAUUUAUGCUUUAAAACACUGGCAUUCUCAACAUGAUCUUGCAGUGACUGGAUGUCUCUGCACGCUGCUCUUUUUACACCUACAUGACGAUGAGCAGGACACAGGGACGUACAGUAACAUUUCAUCAGGUGAGGACACGUGAGACUCUUGAGUAAAUUAUUUUUCAUAUU